AUGAAAUCAGAACAAAUUUUAGAUUUAGCUGCAGGUUAUUAUGAUAAAAUUGAAACAUUUUUUAAUCGUUCAUUAACAUCUAAAGAAAAAUAUGAAUUAAAAAAAAGUAUAUUACAAGCUAAUAUAAAAUAUUUAAAUUCAUUUGAUGAACUUGAAUAUAUUAUUCAACGAAGAUUAAAUGAACAACAAUUACGAACACUUAUUGGUAAACAAUAUCAUGAUAUUGAAAUACGUUUAGGUAAAUUAUUAACAGAAAAACAAAUACGAAAUAUUUUACAUGAAGAAUAUGAUUCUUCAUUAGUUGAAGUUGAAGAUCUUGUUAAUUAUUUAAAACGAAAAAAUCAAGAUAAUCAUAAACGAACACAAUUUAUUUUUAAUCGACUUAUGAAAAAAAUCGAUCAAGAUUAUAUUGAAUCUCCAAAAGAAUCUAUUAUAAUAAAAUCUUUAAGACCAUUUAAUAUCACAUCAUCUCUUCAACAGAAACAAUCCGAUAUUGAAUUUCAUCAAAGUACUAUUGAAUUAUUAGAACAAUUAUCGAAUGAUGUACAACAACAUAAAAUAAUUAAACAACAAGAUAGUUCAAUAGAUUCACGUUCAUCGGAAAUAUUCGAUGAUAAAAGUACAUCAAGUUAUGAUGAAUAUAAAACUCAACAACAAUUAUUACCUGAUAAAGAAACAACUCCUAAAUCGACUUCUUCAUCAUAUGAACUAAUUUCAUCUCCUGUUCACGAAAUUCAAUCAAAAAAAGUAUUUGAAAAUAUAAUACGUAUCGUUAAACCAAUUGCUGAUAAAGAACAUAUCGAAGAAAUGACAACCGUAACAAAUGCUAUUGAUAAAUUUCAAAUGAAAAUUUCUCGAAAUGAUGCACCCGCUGUAUCAACAAUAUUUUUAAAUGAUUUUUCUUCAAAAGUUGAUAAACCAAGUAGCCGUCAAACGACAUCAACAUGGUUAUCUAAUCUUAAGAAAGAUACAACAUUAUCUUAUUUACCAACAAUUAAACCUAUAGAUAAUAAAUCAAUCAAUCGUGAACUUUCUUCACCAGAAAUUCGUACGGCUGAUGAUUUAUAUUUGGGUUGGACAUUAUUUAAAAGUAUUGAUCGUCCAGAUGUAGGUUUAAAAGAAGAAAAACCACGUAUGAUUAAUGUUAAGCAUAUAGCACAGACUUUUGUUGUUGGUAUUCCUGAGGAAUAUGCUGAUACGAAAACAAAAGUUAUUGCAAAUAAAAUCUAUCAAGGCAAACCUAUUCUUCCUCGUUUACCCAAAUCUCGAAUAAUUAAAGAAAUGACUGAAUUUGUUUCACAAUUAUUUCAUAUGCCAAUCAUCAGUGAUGCUACUCAUUUUAUUGUUCCAUCACGAACUUACAACGAUAUAAUCGAAUCUAUGAACAUAUAUGAAUCAGAAAUUAUUCAUAUCGAAGAUGAUGAAUUACAAGUAAAAGAAUUAUUUUAA